AUGCAUAGCAAAGAACAGAUCAGUCACGAUGAAUACCAACAGUCUGCUGACUGGCUGAAGUCGCAGACCCGCCAUCGCCCCCAGGUGGCCAUCAUCUGCGGGUCGGGUUUAGGGAUGCUGGCUGACGCCCUCAAGUGCCAGGAUUCCUUCCCGUACGCCGAUAUUCCGGGUUUCCCGCAAAGCACGGUUCAAGGUCAUGCCGGACGGCUGGUUUUUGGCGAACUGAAGGGGAAAACCUGCGUGUGCAUGCAGGGCCGCUUCCACAUGUAUGAAGGACACUCACUAUGCAAGACCACUUUUCCAGUGCGGGUCUUCAAGCUCCUAGGCGUGGAGACCUUAAUAGUGACCAACGCCGCCGGCUCAUUGGCGGACGGCUUGCAACCCGGUGACAUCAUGAUCAUCAAGGAUCACAUCAACUUCCCUGGCCUGAUGGGUCUGAACCCUCUAAACGGACCUAAUGACGAAAAGUUCGGGCCACGUUUCCCAGCCACGUCUGGGUGCUACGACAAAGGGUUGCGUUCCCUUGCUAUGGAAAUUGCAAAGCAGAUUGGCGUGGCCAACCACACGCAGGAGGGCGUGUACGCCAUGGUGGGCGGGCCCACUUUUGAAUCCAUCGCGGAGGCCAGGCUGCUGCAUCGACUGGGCGUGGAUGCUGUCGGCAUGAGUACGGCCCCUGAGGUAGUCAUUGCGACCCACUGCGGUUUAAGGGUCUUUGGCCUCUCUCUCAUCACCAAUAAGGUGGUCAAGAGCUACGAAGACACCGAAAGUGUGGACCACGAGGGCGUUCUCGAGGUGGGUCGGCAACGCUCACAUACACUGCAGCAGCUCGUUACCGAACUGGUCGCCAAGAUGGAAAUCAACAAUAACAUCAGCAGCAUCGAGAAUAACAGUCUUUAA